UCAUGCUGCUGCCAGGUCCACAGUGUCUCAUGGGUCCCUGUACGGCCUCCCAUUGCUGCUGUCUCCAUCGCCACACUCUGCUCCAUGUGCCACUUUCAGGUCUCCUCACACACUGCUGGUGUGUUCCAUUUUUUGUCAUAGGGUGCUGGCAGAUUACGGGCCUCCCAUAGCUGCUGCCAGGCCCCUAAUCUGCCAUGGGCCCCUGUACCGCCUCCUCAUGCUGCUGCCAGGUCCACAGUGUCUCAUGGGUCCCUGUACCGCCUCCCAUUGCUGCUGUCUCCAUCGCCACACUCUGCCAUGUGCCACUUUCAGGUCUCCUCACACUGCUGGUGGGUUCCAUUUUUUGUC